AUGGAAGAGAGUCCGGAAAUCCCGAAGGACGUCGAAUGGGACCAGAAGGCGGCCGCAGCGCCGCACGAAAAACAAAUCUCUGAAUCUCUCCAGCAAAUAUUUGACCACCAUAAGAAGGCGCAGGCUGAAACCAACGCGUACCUGGAAAAACAUCUCGCUCGCCCUCUCUCCCUCGCCCUCUCUGCUGUCGUUAAGGCUCAGCCUCUUGACGCUACUGGCUAUCUGGUGCAGUGGCUCCGCCACUACGUGGGCGGCGAACAGAGGAAUGCAGUUUCUCUUCAAGAGCAACAGUCCCUUGCGGCGCGGCGCGAAGAAGUACGCGACCAUUCGAAAGCUGUAGAGAGGGAACGGGAUGCAGAGGCAGAAAGGUUUGAUUCUCAGGGGCACAGGCGCGACGACAAUGCAUUCCUCGAGUCUCUUGCAUCAGUUGAGUGGAUGGGUGAAAAGGAGUUCCAAAACACUCUCGACUACCUUCGGGACGCUCUGGGUGUCUGCGCGGCCUACGUUACAAGGUUGCAUCAUAGCAACAGUAUGACCGACCCAACUCUUCACUAUAUUUACGCGGACAGCGACAGCAAGUUUCUGGUCGACCGUGUGCUUCGAGAGCUACAAAGGUCGAUGCCGUACGUACAGGAUGAAGGCAUUCUAUGGGAGGCGCUGGCCGAGACCGAAGAGGAAGUGGGAGAAGAGCCGAAAGAGGACGACAGCUCCACUGACGGUGGAGAGGAAGAAGCGAACCGGGACUCAUCCUCAGCUGAGACAGAUGUGGGAGGGCCGAAGCGAGCGGCGCGGCGGGCGAACUCUCCUGCCUACAACAAUACCAAGAUACUCUUUAUUCCGGACACAAUGGAAGAAGACAAGAUGAAAUUCUGGGCCAUGACGCGGCCCGGAAGCUUCGCGGCGGUGCCGAUUAUUUUCGACGAUCCUGCGUGUAAAGAGAGCGUUGACGCGAUUAAACGCUACUUGCUAGAAUCGAGAGACCGUGACAAAAUCAUCAAAGAAAGGCAGGAGGCGAAGGAACAGGCGAGACAAGAAAAACAGAAGACCCGGCAGCAAGCGGGCGCGCUUAGUUCGCGCGGCAGGAACGGAAUCGCUGCAACUUUUCAAGGGGAAAGUGGCGACGAGGAUGAGACCGAAUCAGGCGAUUACGACGAUGCAGAGGGGGAGGACGAACUUCCCCCUCCAGUGCCGGAGCCGGAACUCGUGGAGAAACGUGUGAAAAUGAUUUUAUGCGUGGAUACACUCGGCGGCUCAGAAGGCCUGUCUCCGGAGCAAUUGAGGAGACUCCAGAGAUUCGCGGUAGCCUUGAAAGAGCAGUGCCUCCGCACUAGAGAGGCCGCCGUUCGUAAGCAGGCAGAAGCAGCGCUCGAUGAAGAAACACUGAACAACCGCAUCAGCCUGGUCGAGGCAGCUUUAGAGGAAGAACAAAACGAAACUGCCGCACAAGUAGAGGUGGAGAAAAAGAAACUUGCUGAAGAACUCGAAGCCAAGAUUCAGAGGGAGAAGGAGGAAUGUAAAGCUCGCCGGCAAGUGUGGCUUGAAAACCGCGCAGAGGACAAGCGGCGUCGAGAAGAAGAACGGCAGAAAAGAGAGCAAGAUCGCCGGAUGAUGCGCGAAAGACAGCUGCAGCGACAGCAGCAAGGAGAACAACAGCAAGCUACAGAAAUUAAGCGAGAGAGCGCAGGCUCUGAGCGGGUAGCCAUCCACAGCAGGGACACUGUGGGAGACGGGAAACAGGCAGAAACAGAUGGGCUGACACAGCACGAAGGAAAAUGGCAGGAGGCAAGAGAAGCAUACGAAAGCGGCCGCGCUGAAUUGAGUGACGAGGAUGAGCGCGACCAAGAGGAAGAAGCGGAAGGCGCGGCACAGGAGGGAGACAGCGAGGCCCAGGAGGAAGGAGAACUAGUCGAACCGCUUGAUCCUUCUGUUUUUCUCGAGGAGGCUGAGGCAAGGGUGAAGUUCGAGAAAGCCACACACACACUGACUUACAAGCUUGGGGACGUUUUGCUCGACAUGCAACAUAUGUUCAUCCCGACAACGCCUGCUGUCGUUUCCACCACGGCGGCUGCCCUCUUACUGCUUGGUGACUCGCCUGCCGCGCUACGCGUGAACUCGUCGUCGCCGGAAAGCGAGCUGGACUGGGAAAAGAUUCGCAGCAAGAUUGAGCCUAGCCUCAUCGACCGCAUUUCCAGUUUUAACCCGGCAGCUCCACGGCACAAGGCCCCUUUCAGGGAGUCUGUACCAAAACAAGAAACUGCACUUCUGCUGCAGAUAGUGCGUUUGAUUGAAGAGACGAAUGAGGACGAAAAAGCCCCACCGCUUUCGUCCCUGGCCCUACUAACAAGGUGGUUGGAGCUUGCGGUUGACUACCGCCGGAAACACCUCAUUGCCACGGCAAUGAACCUGUACCGGGACGCGAAGAUGAACAAGAGAACCGCGCCACAACUUGAGGAAGAUGUAGACCCCGAUUUUACAGGCGUGUCGUUGGAGCGGGUGUUGAACAUUCUGGAAGGAUGA